AGACUAACAUCACCACAGGGUUUGAUGAAAUUCGUUUAAUCACCUGUUUGUGGCUCUCCCAAUCACCGCGUUCGGAAUAUUUCAAAACAUGUCGCUAACGUGGUCAUCGAAAAUCGUGAACCAGGCGACCGGUAUAUUCUAGGUAGAGAUUAGCAGGCGAUUGUACCAUGAUCCUUCACAUAUGAGUCCUAUGCGGAUGUGUACGGUGAUAAUGUCGGUAAUAAUGUCGUCAAUGACUUUGCCAAUACCAUAUAUAUCGACCACGGAUGCCCAGGGAACACUUGCGUGUGACGACUUCACGAACAACAUCGCUGCAAAUUUAGCCCCUAUACAAGGUACCACCCAACCCUCCCGAGACGUCUACCGACACCGACUAAUCGGAGGUAGAAUACCAGCGAUCGUGAGCAUCUCUCAAUCUCAAGUAUCCCAACCAACAAAAUGCGCGUCACCUGGCUUGCACCCCUCGCCCUGGUCUUCGCCAGUGGCGCCGUCGCCCAGGUGAACACGGACGACGUCGUCGCGUCGUUGACCUCGCUCAUCCAGCCCGAUCAAACGACCGCUGCCCCGGCCGCUGCCUCGAGCGCCGUUGCUCCGGCCGCCGAGUCCUCGGCUGCUCCGGCCGCCGAGUCCUCGGCUGCUCCGGCCGACGAAACCUCAGCGCCGCCUUCCUCAGAGCCGCCCUCAUCAUCGUCGACCUCGUCGACCUCGUCGUCGAGCUCUUCGAGUAGCUCCUCAAGCUCCAGCAGCAUGGAAAGUACUGGGGGCGCGGCUGUCCCGGCGGUGACCCAAGGCGCGCAGUUUGCGGGGGUGAUGGGCGCAGCUGGAAUGGUUGCGAUGGGGCUCAUCUGAGCGUCUGCCAUCGCUUGAAGAGGGGGAUAUGAUGGAUAUUCCAGUCCUCUAGAGGUCAGAGAUAGGUGCGUGGAUAUGUAUGUUACGGAAUGAGGGAUG